AUGCGGACCUCACAAACCAUAUCAACGCGGUCUAAGAGCCGUCUCUUGGGUAUCGCUCUGUUGAUCAGCUUCUACUCAAUGAAGAUCUUCCUCACCUACUACUACUCUCGUCAACCAGUAGAAACUGACAGUCCAGAUGAUGUGACCCUCUUUCCGCCUGAACGGCAUCUUCUCGUCAUGAAUCCCACGAUUCCACCCUUCAAGGGACUCAAUUGCACUCCCCUCGCGAUCGACAACUUUCCACGGGAUCAGUUCACCCAAAAGCAGCGUCGCUCUGGCCUCGUGGUUCUGCAUGUCAUCGCAGCUGCCUACAUGUUUCUUGCCUUGGCCAUCGUCUGUGACGAAUACUACAUACCGUGUCUUGAGGUGAUCUGUGACGUGCUCCGACUGCAACCCGAUGUGGCUGGAGCGACGUUUAUGGCAGCCGGCAGUUCUGCGCCCGAAUUGGCCACCACGCUUGUCGGUGUGUUUAUUGCUCGGGACGAUAUUGGUUUGGGUGCCGUUGUGGGUUCAUCUGACUUCAACGUGAUGUUUGUCAUCAGUGUCUGCGCUCUAUUCAGCAAAGAGGUGAUUUACCUGAAUUGGUGGCCACUUGUACGCGAUACGACGUUCUACCUGAUAUCAAUUAUAAUCCUUGCACUCGUCAUUGCUGACGAAAACAUAGAAGCUGGAAUAUUCCAUUGCCUUGGAUUAGCUGUAUUCACACUUAAUCAAAGUCCUCUUAACUUGGCAAGGUACGAGGCGGUGGUUCUGCUAACGUUUUACGCCCUCUACAUCCUACUGAUGUACUUUAAUCGGCGGCUCGAUUCCUUCCUGAAUGCGUGGUGCCUCAACCACCGCUCAUUUUGUCCCCGCGUGAUGCACGACGACGUCAACAGCGUGGAGGUCACUGCACAGAGCACCGGCAAGUUCGGUGGAAAGAGCGGAGACACGUUCGACAAUCAGGGCGUCGACACCCCUAUGACCAAUUACACGCGUCUCCAAUCUGGCAGCGACGACAACCAAGAGGCUGUCGAGGCUAAACUGCCAGCUGUAGCGCUCUCCAACCAGGGCAAGUACCUCGUAGUUUUUGUGGGUUACAUCGGUCUGGUGAAUAAGCAAUCGCAGUUUGCUUCAUACCAGGCACAUUUCACACUAAUCUUUGCGGAAACCCAAGCUAAGACCGUCUUUUUAUCAUUAUUAUUAUCAGCCCCUAAUUCACCGCCACUGACUAACUUGGACACAGUGAUCGCACCACCGGCACCUUCCAAUGAUCCAGAGUCGCAUGUCAAGCGUUCAGACUCACUCACAUUUGCCCAAAUCUGCCUGGCACCCCUGAGUUUCCCACCAAAGGGCACAUCGACACUUAGCUGGAUCUACUACCUUCUGGCCUGGCCCAUCCGUCUUUGCCUGUGCCUUACAACACCUGACUGUCGGUCGCCAAAGUGGCGACGUCUGCAAGGUCAUUGGAUCGCUUUCUUCAUUUGCUGUUUCUGGAUUGGUGUCUUCACAAUGUUUAUGAUGUGGAUGAUUACAAUCAUUGGCGUGACACUAGGGAUCCCAGAUACCAUAAUGGGACUGACCCUUCUAGCUGCUGGUUCCAGCGUCCCAGACGCCAUCACCUCGGUCAUUGUCGUGCGUGAGGGUGAAGGCGAUAUGGCAAUUUCAAAUGCAGUUGGAAGCAAUAUCUUCGACAUUCUUGUGUGCAUGGGUCUACCGUGGUUGAUGCGAUGCAUAGCGAUAAGCGGUCCCGUCGUAAUCUACUCACAAGGACUGACAUACGCGACGCUUACGCUCUUCUUCACGGUGCUAAUCCUACUUGGUGCAACCCACCUCAACCGCUGGCGACUAACAAAACUGUACGGCGUCGGUUUAAUGAUAACUUACCUUCUCUUCCUCGUAGUCUGCAGCCUUUACGAGUUAAACGUCUUCGGUUAUGUCCAUCCCCCAGAGUGUCCCUACAUCGAAACCCCCUAG